AUGUCGCCACAGAAAGCUACGAAAAACAGAAAGAACAUGGCCUCGAAUGCCACGACAGCAUCCACAGGAGCAGGAGUCGCCAAGCGUCGUUACAAGAAGGUCCGGUUCCACGCCAACGGUCUCUUGGAUGUUGGGCGAAAGACUGGCAAGUACUUCAAGAUGGCACAGCAGAAUCAGCGCGACUCGCCUUUGCUACGCCUACCUGCUGAGAUUCGCAACAUAAUCUUCGCGUACGCCCUUGGUGGUCACGUUUUCGAUACGCUUCGUAUAAUAGCACAUCACUAUGGCACGGCAGUCGCAAAAGAACAAAAGUUAUCGCCCUUACUUGCUGUCUGUCGCCAGAUAUAUAGCGAGACUGCGUUGUUGCUAUACAGCCUCAAUACGUUCUCAGCUACACGUGCCGUAUAUGUCAAUGAAUGGGUCAACCGCUUGGGGCCGUCUCGGCUCCAGGCAGUCUCAAAAAUCCAGUUCAUAACUACGGUUACGGUAUUGCCCGCAGCCACCAGCCAGAACGACUGGAUUUUGUGUCCAUGUACGAAUUCAUCUGGUUUUGCACUGAGCGAGCAGCUUUUAUCUUCAAAAGUAUGCACCCAAGGCAAUGUACAGCUGGUCAUUAUCACCGAAUUUCACCCCACAACAACUGAAGACUACCGUGCAGUGGUUACACAGGAGGCGCGUGACUGCAUGGUCAAACUCUUCGAGGACAACAACAAAGGUCUCAAAUUCACUGUGGAACUAACGGAUUUACCCUGGCUUUGGGAUGAGUCAGAGGAAGAAGACGAAGAGGAGGAGGAGGGUGACGACGAUGACGACGAGUAA